GAGUAGGUGAGCAUACUCAAGUAGGAGCAGUAGGUGAGAUUUGAACCAUCAGCCUUUUGGAUCCAAAGGCAGUAGCUCUAACCACUUCAUUGAAAAACAAUCAAGGCCCAUAAUGAAUAGUUAUCUCAAAAAUUCAGAGACUUGUUUCAUUUUAACUGUUAGUUACUUCAAGCCCUCCUUCUCCACAUUAGUCUCUUUGAGUAUCUACUAUUGCUUCAUGUUCAACCGCCUGUCAAGUUGAAGACUAGAUUAUGCGUUCCCAAAUGUGCACGCACCGUUUCAAUAAAAAUAUUCAGAUGUACUAUGAGGUGACGCGUAAAUAUGAGGUACGAUCAAUAAGUUCGCAGACUGGCCACUGUAACGCUGCCCCCAUUGCCAGCCAUCAGCGCAUGCGUGCUGUGCCUACUGCUAUAACGAAGGAAGGCGCUUCGCAAAGGUUGAGCCUCGCGGGUUGCCGUAUAGCCCAGGUGGCUCAUGGGAAAAAGACACAAUCCGUUAACAUGCAAUGAAAACAGUUUGCCCACGGUUGGUUGUUAGUUGAGUUGAAUAAAUGUGCGCGUUACGAGGGUUUUGUGGCUCGCAACUGUAUGUUGAAACCAAACAGCAUUACACUAUCUAUAGCGCCAAGCGUCUGGUCGCUCACACGUGUACAAGAAGUUGUGUAGCUGAAAAGGCGUGCGCAGCGCUGCGGCGAAACGAACAAUCAACAAUCGAUGUCCACGUUUGAGCAGCGAGCCAACAUCAAAUUUUGCCAGCUUCUCGGUAAAUCAGCAACCGAAACGCUCCAGAUGCUGCAGCAGGCGCACGGCGACCAGGCCCUUAGCCGCAGCGUUGUGUUCGCCUGGCAUCGGCGGUUCCGCGAGGGCAGAGAGUCUCUGGGAGAUGACGACCGGAGCGGUCGGCCGGUCUCGAGCCGCACCGAGGAGAACAUCCGCGCGGUGCAGCGCAUUGUGCGCGAGAACCAAGCGCACACGAUCGACAGCAUCGCGAAGCGACUCAACAUUUCGCACGGAAGCUGCCACGCGAUCCUCACGCAAGAUCUCCGGACGCCGCAGCGUUUAGUGCACCGGAUGCUCGCCGAGGAGCGGCUCGCGUGCGGCGACACGAUCACGGCGGCCGAUGACGGGGACGACGGGCUCCUGCAGCGCGUCAUCGUCGGUGACGAAACAUGGUGCUGAACAAGGUCACAGUGGAGGCAGCAGUGCAUUUAACCCCCCUCCCCCAAACACCGAUCAGAACCAGAUUUUGACACGGUUUUAAAAUCCAACUUUAGCGCUUCGAGCAGAGCAGUUUUAAUGCUGUUCUUUGUGAAACACGUGGUCGGAAGAAGCCCAAGCGCAAGUGUAGAGAGAGCUGCGGAGAAAAAUCAGCAGAUUGCUUCACACUGACCAUCUCACAUGGCGUUCAUGCUAAACUGUUCACUCGUGAAAAUAUCUGGUGGUAGUGUCGAAAGAAAAGCGCUCCUGAGUGCUCAGUCAGCUGCAAAUCAGGUGUUUGGUGACACAUGAUUCUUCAAAAUGAUGACACGUGAGACACGUGGCUGGUGCUGCUGCAGCCGCACCGUUGCUCCCACUAUGAUCCGUUUAAUGACACCUUCUCGUUUUCUGCAGCAGCAGUAACGUCUGUACAAUUUGUGGGAAGCCAUUCACAGAGGACUGUAGGAUCACUCUAAACCAUCUGAACAUCUCC